AUGAAUGAAGAGUCAAUAGAGACACAGAACGCGAGGCACUCAUACGGUAUACUAUUCGCCCUUCAUUGGGGUGGCCGUGAGCCGCACAAAUUUAUAAUCGCCCGCUUCCUCACUGCCGCCGAUAAACAGCUGUUUGACAGCUGGAAGCGUUUCCUCUCCAAAGAUUUCGCCCCGCAUGGCCGCACAAUUGCCAUUCGUAACGACCUAAUUGGGUUGCAAUAUUUGUCAGCGCAGCGCGCUAAAGAUCUCUCGAAAUGUUUGCAAGCUAAUGGCAUCUACGCCAUUGCCUCCGACAACCGAAUCGGUAUCGGUGCGCCUCCGCGCCGGCGCUGGUUCCCAGCGGAGGAUCCAUACCUGCAGCAGCUCUUAACCUCGCCACAGCCAUAG